CGACCACUCUCUUCAACACUCCCCGGGCUAGACCCUGGACCCUGGACGCAUUUACUAACCUGCCCUGGAUAGUAAAUUAUCGGGCACCAGUCAGAGGAUGUCGACGGGAGUUUGAAAUCCUUUUUUUUCCAGCAAUUAGUGGUUGGCCGAGGUGCAGCUGAAGAGAAGUCACCAUGUGAUAUAAUCUGAUCAUGGCAUGUCAACGAACUACGAACAGUGUUUGUAUGAACGCACCACAGAAAACAUUGAAAGAAAUUAAGAUAGGAUCCUUCUAUUACGCCCCUAGAUUGCUCUUGGUUGGCUUUGUGGCGAUCAUUAUAGUGACCAGAGAUCAAAUUGUCCACCACCCACAGAGAAGUUGCUUGUUCAUACCCCGCCGGACAGCGUAGAGUCCUCCGAAUCGUGGGAUUUCAACGGAAGAAUCAACUUGGAGAAGGAGCUUUCUAGCUUUUCAUCCGAAGUUUGGGGUAUAAAAAGGGGUUUGAAUUCCCUCUUUUUUUUGAAUCUCGAGAACCAGGAAUCAUUCUUUCAGAUACACAAUCAGCCCAGAGAAACCUUCCUUGCAUUCAAUUUGAUUUGAACAUCAUGCUUGCCAAACACGUCCUUGCUGUCCUUUUUUCUAUUGGCGCUUCUGCCUUUCCUUUUGACAAGCGAGAUGCAUCCACUGUCCUUGCUGAUUUUAACACACUCUCGACUGACCUGUCAGCUCUCGGAUCUGCUAUUUCGAGCUUCGAUGGAACGCUCAAUGGUGCCUUGGGUGUCCAGCAGAAGGAGGGCGAAGUAGAGACGGCGUUGAAGAAGACCGUCAGCGAUGUGAAAGCGUCCACUGCGUUCAGUGCCGCUGACAGCACAAGCGUGACCAAUGCUGUGACCGGUCUGGAGCCUAGCAUUGUAAACGUUCUGAACGAUCUCGUUUCUAAGAAAUCCGGGUUCGACUCUGUUGGGGUGACCAGCAUUGUCGUUUCGGAUCUCAACUCCCUCCACGAUCUUACUGGCCAGCUCUCAACUGAGCUCCAGUCGAAGGUCACUUCGGGUGACGCAUCUACCAUCUCCGACGAGGCUGCGCGUCUUGAUGCAGAGUAUCAAAAGGCUAUCGCUGCCUAUUCCUAAAUUAGGGUGCUCUAUAGGUCCCGUAUCAACUGAUCGUCGAAGGAUUCGAGUUGGCCGAACAAAGCUAGAAAAAGGACAUCCUGCAAGAAUUAGGCUAUCUUUUAGCAUAGUGCCCUAGCUUUUGUGAGAUUUAUGGGUUAACUGAGCAGUAUUAGGCUGUUGAACUUGUGAUUCUUUUUCUUUUAUUCCCUCUCUAAUCACCCCCAAUUUACAUCAUAUUGUGCGUAGGCUCUGCAAGAUUCCAGAUUGAAA